AUGAAAUUAUUAUUUAUUAUAAUUAUUUACUUUUUAUUAAUUGAAAAUAUUAAUUGUGUUAGUCAUCAUUUUCUUCGCCGAACAAUGGCACAGCAAAGGCAAAUUGAUAAAGAUACUGAAAUUGAAGAAGAAUUGGAUUCUGAUGUGGAAGAAGCUAUUCUUGUUGAUAAAAUUAUUUCUUUAAAUGGAGAAAAUGAUGAAGAAAAACAAUUUAUACAACAACAAACACAACAGCAAUUUGGAAAGGAUACUGUCUUUGAACAGGGGGAAACUCGCGAUUUUUUACAUUUUUUGAGAAGAAUUAAAUAUGAUCACAGACAAUGUCCUCAGAAUGAAGCUGUACAAAUUUCUGUUUCUGUCGUUAUUUCAAAUAUUAGGGCCGUUUCUGAAGUUACUAUGGAUUAUAGUCUAGAAAUGUUUUAUAGAGAAAUUUGGAUGGAUAAAAGAUUAAAUUAUGAUAUUAAACAAUUUAGAAAUAAAACAGAACUUGCUUUACACGAAUCUUAUGCAAAUUUUUUGUGGCAUCCUGAUACAUUUAUGCCAAAUGCUAUUGCUUCAAAAAAUCCAAGAAAACAGUCAAUUUCACAUCGUUCAUUGUUAAGGCUCCAAUCAGAUGGACAAAUUCUUUAUUCACGUCGUCUUUCUGUUGUUGCUGAAUGUCCAAUGGAUUUAACUUUGUUUCCAUUUGAUUCUCAAACGUGCAAAUUGGGAAUUGAAAGCUAUGGAUAUACUUCAGAUCAAGUUAUUUAUGUUUGGUCACAUGGGCAAAGAGCAGCUUUAAAAUUACAUAAAAUCCGUCUUCCAGAUUUUCGAAUUAAAGAAGCUUUUGUUACUUCACAAAUAGAAAAUUAUGCUACUGGACAAGGCCGGUUAACCGCCCGGUUAAUUUUUCCCUGUAGCGGGGCAAAAAGAACAGAGAAUAGAAAGAGAAAAAAAACCCCGCCAAAGGGAAAAAUUAACCGGGCGGUUAACCGGCCUUGUCCUACCCUAAUAUUUACUGUUUUUUUUUGUCUUGGUUCUACCCUUUCAGAAUUCUUCUCUUUAACUACAAAACUUUCAAUUAAAUUUAAAGGUAAUUAUAGCCGUUUAUAUGUUUGUUUUGUUUUCUCCCGUUCAGCUGGAUUUUGUUUUUUACAAUUAAUUAUUCCAUCAACUGCUGUUGUAAUAACUAGUUGGGUAUCCCUUUGGAUGGAGAAUGAAACUAGUUUUCAAGAUAUGAUUUCUAUAAUUUUAACAAUUACUUUUUUACUUUUUUCUUAUAAUGAGGUAAUGCCGAGAGUUAGUUAUUUAAAAGCUUUGGAUAUUUGGUUGGCUGUUUGUUUUAUGAUUGUUUUUUUGUCUUUAAUUAAAUUGGCUAUAAUGAAAUAUAUGAGACAACGUUUAAAAAUUGAAAAUAAUUUUAAUAAUAAUAAAUUAGAUUUAUUAUUAAAUGGACUUUUAAUGCCUAAAUUAAUUAAUUUAAUAAAUAAAAAAAGAAAAGAAAAAAUAAAGAAAAAUAAGAAACAUUCAGCUUUAAAUUUUGGAUUUACUUCAAGUAUUAAUUCUUCUUCCUCAAUUAAUAAUAAACAAAAAAAUUUUUGUAAUCGUCAACGUCCACCUACACCUCCACCACAUUUAAAACAAUUAAAUAUUAAUUUAAAUAAAAAUAUUCAACAAUCAUUUCCUCUUUCUACGAAAGAGAGGAGGUUUAUUUUUAAAUUAAAAUUAAUUAAAAUAAAUUUAUUUUUCAGAAGAUCUUCACGUCUUUUAAAUUUAAAUAAUAAUUUUGAAUCUUUAUUGGUUGAAAGUGCUUUUUCUAAAUUUUUAAUGAAACAAAAAUUAAAAGAAUUAAAUAAAAAUAAUUGUUGUUGUUAUUAUUGUAAUAAUGAAAAUAAAAAUGAUUUUAAAAAAAGAAGAAAAAUAUUAGUUGAUGAAAAUAGAAAUGAAUUUUUGGCUAAAAAAGAUAAAAACAAAUUUACCACCACACGUUCACCAAUUAAUUCAAUUAGAAUAGGAAUUGAAUCAACAAGUUCUUCAUCAUCUUCUUGUUCAACACCUUCUACAAAUUCUGACAAUGAAGAAGAAAGAAAAAUAAUUUUAAAUAAAAAAGAAAAAUUAUUUUUUUGUUUUGAUCAUCUCGGAAAUAUUGAAUUUUCUUCUCAAUUUAUGAGACGUUUUCAUUGGAUAUCACAAAUGGGGUUUUUCUUUGGUUUUGUUUUAUUUUGCCUUUACUUUUUUCUUGUUUAUCCAAAUAGCAGAUCGACUAGUGUUGAUCCAGCUUGUCGAAGGGAUGAAGCAGAAUGGUUUGUUUGCUUCAAUACCGACAUAAAAAUGUUUUUUAAUAAUACAAAUUUUUUAUUUUUUUUUCACAUUUUCUCAAACUUUUUUCUGAUUUAG